CACUCUGUCGCGCACUUGAUCCGUUCAAUUUGCUCUUGGAUGCACGACUUUUGUAAUUAUCCGACGAGACUCCCCUGGGACUUUAACUGCGCAAAUAAUUUUCAUUUUGGUUUAAUUUGAUAAGCUGUUGUGACUUUCAGGAUACAUUGAAGCGCGUGCCAUUGUACUUUAUAUUAUUUGGUCGUUACAACCUUAUUCGUUAUUUCUAGUGUUGCUUCUCACAGUUUCGUAAAGAAUAUUGGAAAGAGACAAAUGAAUUCAGUCUAUUAUGAAGGGGACCCCCCAACCUCGGGGCUCCCCGACGACAUGUCACAAGGGAAUGGUCAAGAAGAACUCGACUUUCCCCACCUGUUUCUCUACAACCCGCCAGGAAACGAUGAGGAUGAACAAGGAGAGGAUCCAAACGCCCAUGAUGCCCAGGACACUCUCAGCCCUGAGUCCUGCCUUCAAGAGAACCACACUCCCUACAGCCUGGAGUCCCUGUGUGAGUCCCCGUACCACCCCGGGGCCCCCACCACCGAUGGCCUGCCCAGCUUGGAGGCCGAGCUGGGGGAGUUUCUGGAGCACCCCCUGCGCCCCGGUGGUCCACGCAUCGAGAUCACCUACUCAGAGCUGCACCCCCAUGACCACUCGCACACGGAGCCCCUGGACAUCGGCCCGCGCCCCACACUCACCGUGCCCGGUUACUACGAAAGCAGCAAUUACCGCGGUGACACGCAAUGCCUGAGCCCGGCCAGUAGCAACUCAUCCACCAGCUGGUCGGAGGCCUGCUCACCCUGGACGUCACCCUGCGUGUCCCCGACAGCGCUGCCCGAGAUCUGUCCUCGGCUGCAGGGCCUCCACACGGCCGGCUCGCCGCGCACCUCCCCCACCACCUCCCCGCGCAACAGCAUCACUGAGGAGACCUUCCUGGCUGGACGCCGGUCCUCCUCGCCGCACCCCGGCUCCCGCUCGGCCUCCCCCAAGGGCAAGCGCACCUAUGACCAGUACCAGAACCCCGGCCGGGUCUGCCCCCGCUCCCGCAGCCCCUCGCCCCACCCAGAUGACCGCUACGACUCUGGGCCAGCCGGCGCCGUCGCUGGGGGUCCCGGCGGGUUUGACGAGCUGGAGCUGGUCAGCAGCCUCAGUGGCAGCCUGCCCAAGCCUGUGCCCACUAAGAUGGUGCGUGGGAGCUUCGGGGGCGCCAUGUACCAGGAGAACCAUCCUGAGGGCGGCCUGCACUACCAGCACGAAGUGAAGCCAGAGCCUGCCGUCAGCCUGGAGACCUACUACGUCAUCUCACCUGGCUGGCCCACUCAGUUGGCCCACGGCGUGUGCAGUGCCCCUGUGUCCUCGCUGCCCUCCCUGGAGUGGUCGCUGCCCAGCAGCACGGACCAGCUGGAGCUGCGGCUGGAGGUGCAGCCCAAACAGUACCACCGCGCCCACUACGAGACAGAGGGCAGCCGCGGAGCGGUCAAAGCCCCAUCAGGAGGACACCCCGUCGUCCAGCUGCGUGGGUAUCGCGGGCACGAGCCUUUGGCCCUGCAGGUGUACAUUGGCACAGCAGACGAACGCGUGCUGAAGCCUCACGCCUUCUACCAGGUGCACCGCAUCACCGGCAAGACCGUCACUACGUCUAGCCAUGAGAGGAUCAUCAGCGGCACCAAGGUCCUUGAGAUUCCACUGGACCCCAAAGACAACAUGAAAGCAGUCAUUGACUGUGCAGGCAUCCUGAAAUUGCGCAACGCUGACAUCGAGCUACGUAAGGGUGAGACGGACAUCGGGCGUAAGAACACUCGUGUGCGUCUGGUUUUCAGGGUUCACGUGCCCCAACCAGGAGGACAGUGGGUCUCCCUACAGGUGGCCUCUCAGAUUAUAGAGUGCUCAGCACAGCGCUCUGCUCACGAGCUGCCGGCCGUGGAGCGCCAGGAUGUUGACCACUGCUCAGUUCUGGGCGGGCAGCAGAUGAUCCUGACGGGCCAGAACUUCACCUCGGACUCCAAAGUGGUGUUCAGCGAGAAGACCCACGAUGGGCUUCAGAUCUGGGAGGCCGAGGCCACUGUGGAUCGAGACAAGAGCCAGGCUAGUAUGCUGUUUGUGGAGAUCCCGCCCUAUCGUGACAACACCAUCUACCGCCCAGCCAAAGUCAACUUCUACGUGCUCAACGGGAGAAGGAAACGCAGUCAGCCCCAGCAUUUCACAUACACCCCCCUCACUGUGCCGUUCAUAAAGACAGAGCCGGUGGACGACUUCCAGUUCGGGCAGCUGGGCUGUGCCGUAUCUCAGAUCCUGGGCGUGUCUCCCUCGUCCCGUCACGGUCACCCUACGACCUCCCAGAUGCCCCUGGAUGGCUGCGGCGUGCCAGUCUUGUCCACCCAUCACCACAACCACCACCAGCAGCAGCAACAGGCUGCUAUACACAGUGCCUAUGCUGACCGGGACCCGGAGUACCAGCUGCAGUGCCCACCGGUCGUCUACCGACAGGCCAGGAGCCUGGGCAGCAGCCCCGUGCUGUACCAGCCCCUCCUGGAGGCUGGCAGCUACCCAGGCCGGAUGACCGCUGGCAUGGCCACUCAGCACAGCCACAGCCAGGGCUCGGGCAUUGACCACCUGGGCAUGACGGCUGGCUACGGUGCCAGGGCAUCGAGCGGGUCAGCGCUGGCCGAGCAACACCACUGGGUGGUCAUGAGUAACAGCUUCCAGGAGGCCGCCUCACGCUUCCCUGAUGCCGGCGUCGUGCCCAGCGUCGUGCAACCGGGCAGUUACGGGCAGGUGGGGGCUGUAGCGCCGUCGGUGCCACGUCAGAGCCACGGGCAUCACCACCACCACCACCACCACCAGCAGCAGCAGCAGCAGCAGCAGCAGCACCAGGGGUUCCAACCAGCCACUGGACAGCCCAGCGGAGCCAACCCAGGACGGGUGACUGUGAAGCAGGAGUACCUGGACCACCUGGAUGAUGGUGGGUGUGAAGCAGUUUGCUUCUGCAGUCAAUGACAUCAUUCGGAAGGACAUGCCAGUCCUCGGACGGGAGCACACGUAAAGGAGGGACAGUCCCCAGCUUGCACCUCAGAAAAUGUUGGGAGGAAAAAGCUAAUCUUCUAGCCUCUUUUCACUUUACUUUCUUAUUUUAUACUUACAUCUUUGUCUACCACAUAUCUUUAUUAAAGUUAACAUGAAAUUAUGCCUUAAAUUGCAAGUGCAAGGAAGUAAAUAUCAGUUCUCAUAAUUUUUUCAAUUUUUUUUUAUAGUUUCUUUUUGUAUGAAUAAGAUCUCUACAUAGUAGGACAUCUGCAUUCUGUAUUUAACUGUACAUUAAAUAAAUAAUCUGAUGUCUGAAUAAGAUCUCUACAUAGGACAUCUGCAUUCUGUAUUUAACUGUACAUUAAAUAAAUAAUCUGAUGAAUAAGAU